UGUUUCCUUCUUUAUGGUUUGAAACUGUUUAAUAUACAUGAAAUUGUUUGUUGAGAGGUUGGUGUAGUUAGAUACACAUGAAAAUAAAAGGCAGUAAUGUCACGGCUAGGUCGUAACAAUGGUUGCUCUCCUAAUUCGGUUUGAAUUAGGAAGAUGCAGUAAGGUUGGUUAGAAGCAGAGUAAGAAUAGAGAGGAGAGAAAGAGAGAAAGAGAGUUAGACAGAGAAGAGAGAAGGUUGAGGAAGGAUUCAGAAUUCUUUUUUGAUAUUCGAUAAUCUCCUCCAAGAGAGCCUUGGGGAGUAUAUACAAUCCGUUAGGUGGGGGGGGGGGGGGGGGACGCUGCCACAACAGAUCCUAUCCUCCCCUUCAAUUGUAACCACCUGUUUUGUCCUAUUCUAGCCCUUACAUGUGGGUACCCUCUAGGCUAACAAACUCAUACAGUGGAAUUACAACAGUAAAAGAAAUAGCAAAAGUUACAGCAAUAAAAAAUCAAAAUUUCUGUAACCCCAGGGUGUGUCUCGUGACAAGUAACUAGAAAGUGUAUAAAUGAUUGAAUAUGUUAUUUAAUCAACUUAAUUAAUGUGAUAUGUAUAGUUAAUACUUGUAUGACAUUGUUAGUUUUGUAAUUUGAGUGAAAUUUGACCUAUUUGAUUGUUUUAUAUCGUAGAUAUAUACUCAGAGUACUUCACGAUUGUCAUGCAUCAUGGUGGAAAGCAUUGCACCAUGGGUAUAGAGGGGGGAAGUUGAUUUUUUUGACUUUUGUUGUGCUGAUAAACUGUCAAUAUUAGAAAUUCAAAGAAUGGUUAAGGAGAGUGGUAUCAUUGGGGAAGCAAAAACCUUUUGGCAAAAACCAAACAUCAUAUAUAGUGAGGGUUUGUGUAAAUUAACAUCUGAUAGCGACUGUUUGGAUAUGGGAUUUAGUGUGGAUAGUUUGAAAAAGAUGCAUGUGUAUGUUAGAAGCAUUGAUGACAUGGUUGAGGCUUGCAACAGUGGUAGCACGAGGAAUGUGAAUGUGAGGGAAUUGAAAGGAAAAAAUAUAAUUUAUGAGGAAGAAGCAGAACAUGAAUAUGAGGGAGAGGAUGACAUUGAUAGAAAUUUUGAGGAUGAGGAUUAUAUUGAUCCAUAAACGAUGUUGAAUGAUUGUGAUUAUGAUGUAGAAGAUGGGGAUGAUGAUCUCUUUGAUGUGCAUGUGGAUAAAGGAAUAGAGAGGGAUGUUUUGAGGAGAGAACGUAGAGUGUAGGUUAUUGUUGACAGGGGUAUUAGAAAUGUUAAGUGUUGAUAGGGGUAUUGCAUAGUGGUAAGCUUGUUCUUCAAAAGCAAACCCACAGUAGUGACCAAACCAACCUCAGAGCCCAACCCCAUGAAGAAGUACUCAGGGCAUCCACCUCGUCCCAGCCCCAAGGGCGCCAAGCCAGAUCACGAUGGCCUCAACAUCGUCGUAAAUUGCGAAGUGUCGGCAUGCCCGCAAUGAUUCAGUUUUCGAUCUUUCUUUUGAAGUUAAUAUUAAUUAAUGUUUAGUCGAAGGAUGGUUACAAUGAUUGGCUGAAACUUUCAUGUAAAAUUACUUAAAAAAAGAGAGGAGGGGUUUUCCUGCUAAUAUGAUUGUAUCUGUAGGACAAAUUGGUAUUUGUGUUAAAAGCUUUUUGUGAAUCCCAGCUUGUAAACAAAAUGAGAUUGAAAAGGAGGAAAUUUCGUCUAGAAAAAUAGAAUGCCUAAAACCAAGAGUACCAUGUUUAUUUGGGUUCCUAUAUAUGCCCUACUGUUUGAUUCCAAAUUUUUCUUUUGCAUGUUCUAUGUAUAUACUGUUUGUGUUUGUAUAUCUAGGCAUGUGGCUGGUUGAAUGCUCCCCCAUUUUGAAAUUAUAAGUUUAUGUUGACUUUUAUAGUAUAAAAAUGCUAGAAAUUGCCUUCAACAUCUCUUGGCUUAUUUCAUAAAUCAUUUUGAGGGAAAAUACUUUGAUAGGAGAUCGGGUGUAUGAAUUGACUCAUACACUUAGAAGCUGAGGUAGUUGUUUUGUAUCAGACGUCAUUAAUUUCAUCAAGUAUGUACGCUGUCUUAGAUAUGUUAGCAAAUCAAACUUGUUUCACAUAACACUUUUAAUUUGUCAAACAAAAACCUAGAAAGUCUUCUAACAAGAAAACCCCAAGUACAGUCUUAUAUAAAAAGGAGCGUCAUUUUCUCUCUGUACUCUUUUACUUUUUGGUAUUUUUUAUACAUCUUUAAGCCAAAAACAGAAAGAAAGAAAAGAAAAGAAAGAAUUAGUUACAAGUUACCCUUAAUUUUUUGAACAAAAAAUUUAAAAAAUUAAAAGUACAAUGGUCAUGCCUAAAAUUGCACCAUUAAUGCCCGACGAUGGAGUGUCAGCAGCUGUGUCAGAGGCGAAAGGCGAUGGAGGCAUUGGUGGCGGUAACAACAGUGGCAUAUGGCGCCCAAAAGUGUUGAUGGUGGCAGCUGCAAUGGCGGCGACGGUUGUGUCGGGGGCGAAUGGCAGCUAGAAAGAGAGGAGCAGCUAUGGGCGAGAGAGAGAGAGAGAAAGAUGGUGGCCAGAAGGAGAGGAGUAGCUACGGGCAAGAGAGAGGGGGAGGGAGAGAAGGAAAAGGCCGUGGAGGCAAACGACAGCGAGUGCAACAACGGCGAAUGACAGCCAAAAGGAGAGGAGCAGCCGUGGGUGAGAGAGAGAGAGAGAGAGAGAGAGAGAGAAAGCGAUGGAGGCAAACGGCGAUGGAGGCGGCGGCGACGACAAUUUGCAAUAGCGGCGACAAUGGGUUGUAACGGAUGUUGAUGGAGAAGGGGAGAAGUUGCGGGCGACAAAUACAGAGAGAGAGAGGGGAGGUUUAUAGGGGGUUUGGGUAGUGACACGUGGCAGCUUUUGAUUGAAAGUUAUUGCAUAGCAUGUGGGUUUUUUUGUUUGCUACAUUAGCACUACAUCAUCGCCACGUCACCAACUCCGGUGAGGGCUUGCCGGAAAAUCUUAAGCGUGACCACAUUGCAAAAAAAUUUAAACUUUUGUGAUCACAUUGUAAAGAAUUAAAGUUUAGUGAUGACAAUAGAAAAGCCACCAAAGUUUUGUGAUCUUUGGUGCGAUUUACCCAGACUGAUUGCUUGCAGCUAUGAGUUGCAAUUCGGUUCAAAGACGGAAUAUUUUUGUCUUGAAGAUGCAAUUCAAGGACUUGGAGACGGAAGGGAUUCCGUCUCUAGAAGAGAUUCGGGUUUAAUCCUGUAUCUUGUCCUUUCUUCUUCAUUUUGCACAAAUCUUUGCCCUAACCCUGGCAUCUGUCUCCCUUGUCGCCGAGCUGCUGCCAUCGUCGGUCUCCCUGGCUGUUGGUCGCCUUUGUCACCGCCUCUUCUGACAUCCUUCUUCGCCGCCUUCCUUCUGAGCGUCUUCGUCACCGCCGCCUUCCUUCUUCGUCGCCUGUAUGUAUCUGUUUAUUUAUUUCCAUUAUAUUUGUAUGUAUCUAUGCAAGUUAUGCAAACUUGUGGAGGUCUAAGUCAAAUAAAAAGGGGUACAAGUGAUUUAAGGAAGAUUAUUUAGGGUUUAUGUGAGAUUUAAUGAAGUUAAAAGUGAGAUUUUAUGAAGAUAUGUGGUAAAUUUGAAUUUAUAGAAAUUACACACACACACAUAUAAACCAUGCAUGCAGUCUCGCUGGAGACAGUGAGAAACAGAAAGAAGGAAAAAGAAUGGAAGAAGAAAGAAAAGAGAAGUUAUUGGCUCACCUGGACUAAAUGGUCACACCAGAUGAGGAGAUCGCUGUAGAGGCUGCCGGAAAUGCAGGUAGAAGAGAUGGCAACAAGGGCAUUGGAAGGUUUAAGGAAGAAUUCCAUUGAAUCCCUUGAAAACCCAAAUAAGCAAUCUCGAGGAUCUUUUGGGUACAGUGGGGCAUACUUACUGAGCACGGCACAAGUCCUCAAAUUAUUGGGUAUACAACCUAAUGAAGGAUGCCACUUGACAUUGCAUUGGCUACAUCAACGUUUAUGAGUGAUACAUUAUGAGUUGAGCUGAGUGUGGAUGUUGUACCUUGGGUAUGAAGAAAGAUAUGCAUACUAUUUCCUAGCUGCAAUUAAAUCUGUAUUUCGGGUAAUAGUGAAAUGGUUGCAAAAUUGAUUGGUUCAAGGCGCGCAAUAUCAACAUUGCCUCAUCUUUGUAACAGAAUUAAGAAGACAGAAAAUGAAAUUGUUCAAAUGUUCAAGUUGUCCAGUUUGAAAGAUGAAACAAAAAGCAUACCUGCUAAUCGGGCAAAGACACGGGCCAAUUGCUUUGCAAGGACAUUAGAUGAUAGAUUUAUAAGGAUCUUGAAGAUAUUUAAGUGGGGGCCUGAUGCAGAAAAGGCUUUGGAGGUCCUUAAGCUGAAAGUAGAUCAUCGCUUAGUUCGUGAAGUUCUGAAAAUAGAUGUGGAUAUUAAUGUUAAGAUUCAGUUUUUUAAGUGGGUUGGGAAGAGGAGGAACUUUGAGCAUGACUCGACCACAUACGUGGCUCUAAUUCGCUGUUUAGAUGAAGUGGGACUGGUUGGAGAAAUGUGGAAGACAGUCCAAGAUAUGGUUCGGAGUGCAUGCAUCAUUGAUCCUGCUGUUCUAUCUGAAAUUGUGAGAAUUCUGGGCAAAGCUAAGAUGGUGAACAAGGCUCUCUCCAUCUUUUACCAGAUUAAAGGACGCAAGUGCAAGCCAUCUGCAAACACUUACAACUCCAUAAUCUUGAUGCUAAUGCAGGAAGGACAUCAUGAGAAAGUCCAUGAGCUUUAUAAUGAGAUGUGCAGGGAAGGUAAUUGUUUUCCUGAUACAGUUACAUACAGUGCACUUAUAUCAGCCUUUGGGAAAUUAGGUCGGGAGGAUUCUGCUAUUAGGUUGUUUAAUGAAAUGAGAGCUAACGGAUUUCAUCCAACCCCAAAAAUUUAUACAACUUUGAUGGCGAUAUACUUUAAGUUGGGUAUGGUUGAAAGAGCUUUAGGUUUGGUACAAGAGAUGAAAGAGAAGGGUUGUGCCCCAACUGUUUAUACUUAUACAGAACUAAUAAAGGGCCUUGGAAAAUCUCAGAGGGCUGAAGAGGCAUACAACAUUUUUCUGAAUAUGCUCAAAGAGGGUUGUAAGCCAGAUGUUGUGCUGAUAAACAACGUUAUAAACAUUCUUGGCAAAGCAGGUCGGUUAUCUGAAGCUAUUAAGUUAUUUCAGGAUAUGCCAAGAUUGCAAUGUACACCCAAUGUUGUGACUUAUAACACCAUUAUUAAAGCAUUAUUUGAAUGUAAGGCUCCUGCAUCUGAGGCUUCUUCAUGGUUUGAGAAGAUGAAGACAUGUGGCGUUGUUCCAAGCUCUUUCACUUAUUCAAUCCUUAUUGAUGGCUUUUGCAAGACUAAUAGAGUAGAGAAAGCUUUCUUGCUGCUAGAGGAGAUGGACGAGAAAGGUUUCCCUCCUUGCCCUGCUGCCUAUUGCAGUCUUAUUAAUGCACUUGGAAAAGCAAAACGUUAUGAAGCUGCAAAUGAAUUAUUUCAAGAACUCAGGGAAAAUUUUGGAUCUUCAAGUGCUCGAGUAUAUGCUGUGAUGAUCAAGCAUUUUGGGAAAUGUGGGCGUCUUGCUGAGGCUGUUGAUCUUUUCAAUGAAAUGAAAAAACUUGGGUCCAAUCCUGAUGUAUAUGCAUAUAAUGCACUGAUGUCCGGAAUGGUCAGGGCUGGAAUGAUAGAUGAAGCUUACUCAUUGCUUAGAACCAUGGAAGAAAACGGGUGUCUUCCAGACCUCAACUCACAUAAUAUUAUUUUAAAUGGGUCGGCUAGGACGGGUGGUCCUGAACGCGCGCUGGAGAUGUUUAUGAAAAUGAAAAAUUCAAAGAUUAAACCAGAUGCUGUCUCUUACAAUACUGUUCUUGGGUGUCUUAGCCGAGCUGGCAUGCUGGAGGAGGCUGCAAAGCUGAUGAAAGAGAUGCGUGUGAAAGGUUUUGAGUAUGACCUCAUAACUUACUCCUCAAUACUUGAGGCAGUAGGCAAGAUUGAGGAAGUUGGUGAGCACACAACUCCUUGAAAGAAACCCCACCCGGUAUGAGGUACUUAUUAUUUGUUUCGAGUUAUUAGGGCUCUUUAGUACCAAUAGUUGCUUGUUCAGCUUUGGAAAAGUUAUAUAGUCUAUUUGAAAUUAUUUUGUGUGUUUCAUUUAAAGGUUAUUAUAUUUGCCACUUCUUGAA